AUGCAGGCAUGCGACAUCAAGCCCGACGGAAGAUCCUUCUCGGCCGCCAUCAGUCUUUGCCGAGGAAGUGGUCUGUGGGAGUUGGCAUUCGAACACGUGCGAGACAUGGCUCAAGCCAAAGCGCAGUACGAUCCGGUUGUCUUCAGCGCUGCACUCGGCGCGGCGGGACAGCAGCGCUGGGAGGUGGCGUCGGAUUCCUUGACUUCGCUUCAGCAGCUUCUCGGAGGGGUCGAUGUGGUUGCAUUCGGUGCCGCAGUUGGUGCAGUCGCAAGCACUGGAACCUGGCCACUUGCUUUGCACACCACGACGAGCAUGGCCAUUGCGCAGGUGAGCUUGAACUCCAGGGUCCUGACACCAUUGCUGAGCGCAUGUGAUGCUGGCCUGGUUUGGUCCAAGGCUCUUCAGUACUUGCAUGCGGCACCAAUCGUUUGCAUCAGACCCGCUACGGAAACUCGAAAUGCGGCCGCCACUGCCUGUGGCCACGCUGGCUGCUGGUCACAAGCGCUGGCAAUUCUCAAAAAGGGCCUGGGCGGAGUAAGGCCGGACCCUGUCGCGCAUCGCAUCGCCGUCCAAGCAUGUACAGCUGUCAGCGCCUGGAUGCGGGCUCUGCACCUGGGAGCCGGCGGACAAGCAGCAGAGCGGGCCCGACGAUGGCAGGUGGCGCUUGCACUUCUGCGUGCGACACCAUGCGGGGAUGAGGACCUGAGCCAAAGAGCCUGGGCACUGGCCAAAUCACCGGAGUCUGCGAGGCCGCAGACAGCAGCGCAUGCUUCAAGCAUCCGGCAAGAGGCAUUUGAGAUAACAGAGUCCGCCCUGCAAGCCAUGAACACGUUCCAGGCCUCUGAGCUGGCGAGCUUGGUGUGGUCUUUGGCCUCCAUCACUUGUGCAGAGCCGCGGCUGCUGGCCAAAUCCUUCGAGCAUCUGCUGCAGAACCACCGUGUGCGGGGUCUGCCGUUCCGAGAGCUCGCGAGCCUUGCGAUGUCAUCUGCAGGCAGCUGCUUCGACAAUUGUGCCAGCAGCCUACAAGCCGCCCGCUUAUUCCAAGCUGUGCAAGAUGAGUUGAUCUCACAAGCCACCAGCUCCCAGCUGCCAGCAGCGCCUGCUGUGCUUCAGGAUCUUGCAGCCCGCGUGCUCGAUACGGUGUGGGCAUGCCAAUUCUCGGGCCAGCUUGGGAGACGGACAAUACAUGCAGCGAGGACACUGCUGGCAGACAUCGGGAGCCGAUUCUCUCGGAGUGUCUCACUCGUUUCCGUGCAGCCCGCCCGACAAGGAGAUCCGGUUGGCCCGGGAUUUCCUCAUGUGGUUCUCGAGUUGGGCGACCGGUGCGUCGUCUACAAGCCACCAUCAUUUUGGCAGGUCGACGAUGGGAAGGACGAGCCACAGGACGCCUCCCUCAGGCUGUCGCACUUCACCCAGGCCUUUCACCCACCUCGCUGCUGGCCGAUUCUGGAGGAUCGAAGUCACAGCCGUGGCUUUUUGCAUCGUUUGGACAUUCCUACAUCGGGCCUGAUUCUCACAGCCAAGACACACUGCGCUUUCUAUGAUUUGAGGCUGCAGUUGUCUCUCGGCCAGAUGAAGAGAGAAUAUUGUGUUCUUAGCCAUGGCUUCGCGCCGUUUGCGCGAAGCACGGUUCGCUGCCGUGUCCACUGGUUCGGAAAUGGCAGACAGGCCGCCAGCAUCGUCGCAGCUGCUGGACGCCCCGCCAGCUCAAAACUCAAGGUUUUGGGCGUGGGGCAUUUCACCGAUCUGGUGUUGAGCCUGCUCGCUAUUCACAUUCUCACCGGGCGGCAGCACCAGAUCCGACUGCAGAUGUCUCAUGUCGGCCAUCCCACCGUCUCCGAUAAGAGAUACUUCUCCUUCUCGAACUGCUUGCAGGACUUGGCCUGGUGCCCGCGAAACUUCCUUCACCGCUAUCGCUUGACGUUCUUGGACGGCGAUGGUCGGCCUGCAGAGGUCCGGGAGCCUUUGCCCUGCGACCUCCGCGGAGCUUUGGGGCAGCUUCGCCCAGACCCAGGGCGCUCAGAGGCGGCGUUCAGGAGCUGGAUGGCAGCAGAGCCGCCGAAAGCUUGGAGCGAACUAGCCUCGCUGCGAAAAGGAUUUGUUGCCGGAGGUUGGGGUGCAAGUCAGUACAGAGUAGCGAGAGACUUUAGCCGGAUGGUUUCGCUGUGA